AUGGCCGAUAAAAAUGGUGAUCUGGCAAGGGCUGGCACAACAUGGGCCAAGGCUUAUGGAAUGGAAGUUCCAAUAAAUUUGCAUUGUUGGAUCAAUAGAAAAUCCUCUACCGAGAAGGCUUAUGCCAAGGUGGAAGCCAUCUCCAUGUCUCUGGGUAGCAUGUGGCGUUAUCUUUGGGAAAUAGUGCUAUUGGAAGUGGGACAUACCCAGUGUAUUUACUGCUUAUGCAAUAAUAGUUUAUAUCAAAGUCCCCUCUCCAGCAAGAGCUGAACAUUUGUCAGAAAUAUAAAAGAAAGAAAAUGAUGGAGUCCUUCUCAAGCAUUAUACUACAAAGAAAACAUUUACUUUGUCACAAAUGAUAUUGAAAACGAAAUAAUAACAAUCUGAAAAUUAGACUGCUCACAGAAUACAGCGGAUUCUGUCGCAGAUUUAACCGAGCUAUAA